UCUGCGGAGUCAACGGCUUCCGUUCUGCUCUGUUCAUCGCCCGUCGCCACUCUACUGUGCCCCCGGCCGGCGCCGCGGCGCUCGUGUGCUCGCCCUCCGCCCAUGGCUAGCGAAGGCGAAGCGGCGACGCACUACACAACGGACGACGCGCUCACGCGCGUCGGCUUUGGCCGGUUCCAGGCCCUCCUGCUCGCCUACUCCGGUGUGGGCUGGGUCGCGGAGGCGUUCGAGAUAAUGCUGCUCUCCUUCGUGGGGCCGGCGGUGGAGGCGGAGUGGGGGGUGUCCGGCGCGGAGCAGGGCCUUAUCAGCAGCGUCGUCUUCGCCGGGAUGCUCAUCGGGUCCAUCGCCGGAGGCCUCAUCGCGGACAGAUGCGGCAGGAGGACUGGUUUCCUUUUCACCGCAGUGGUCACUGGCAUAUUUGGUUUGCUCAGUGCCUUCUCUCCCAACUUUGCAUCCUUGCUCGCCCUUCGCUUUGUUGCUGGUCUAGGAUUGGGUGCUGGCCAUGUGCUCUCAACUUGGUUCAUAGAGUUUGUGCCCGCUGCCAAGAGAGGUACCUGGAUGGUUGUUUUCCAUUGUUGUUGGACUGUGGGAACAAUCUUGGAGGCUCUUCUUGCAUGGGCUGUCAUGCCAGGACUUGGAUGGAGGUGGUUGCUUGCAUUGUCCUCGGCACCAUGCUUUGUCCUUCUCAUUUUCUUUCCUCUAACACCUGAAUCGCCAAGGUAUCUUUGCUCAAGAGGUAGAACAAUGGAUGCUACAGUCAUCUUGGAAAGAAUAGCAAGAAUGAACCGAGGGACUCUCCCUCCUGGAAUACUAAUUUACACCCCAGAAAAGCAUGUUGACAACAAUCUUGGUACUUCUGAGACAGCACUUCUGAUUGCAGAAGAUAAUGCUGGAACUGAAGACGACACAAGUUCCAAGACCAGCGGCAUUGUUGCAUUUCAGGCACUUUGGUCAUAUGAUCUGUUACAAUCAACUUUUCUUCUUUGGUUCCUCUAUCUUGCUAAUUAUUUUGCUUAUUACGGAGUAAUUUUGCUAACUUCUGAACUAAGCAAUGGUAAGAGGAGGUGCACAUCAGCAAGAACUCAUUUGAUGCAACCAAAUAGUAUCAAUCUUUACAGAGAUGUGCUGCUGACCAGUUUGGCAGAGUUUCCUGGCCUGCUUUUGGCGGCUCUACUAGUGGACAGGAUUGGUCGAAAAACAUCCAUGGGAGGCAUGCUUUUUAUGUGCGGUGCUUUCCUGGCACCUCUUUCUGUACAGUUGGGAGAAGGGUUAGUAACCACCCUUCUAUUCUGUGCCCGGACUUGUAUCAUGGGGAGCUUUGCUGUUCUGUAUGUUUAUACGCCUGAGCUCUACUCUGCGUCUACUCGGAACACUGGAGUUGGGAUCACUUCUUCCCUUGGUCGGAUUGGCAGCAUAGUUUCACCUCUCGUUACCCUUGGCUUGUUAGAGAGCUGCCAUCAGAAAGAAGCUGUGUUUGUGAUGGAUUUGGUGCUCUUCCUUGCAGGAGCCACCUGCGCCUUCUUCCCUCGAGAGACCAAGGGCUGCCAAAUCCAGUGAGAUUUUGGACUCCAUAUGGAUGUAUGCUCGCAAAUUAUAGUCCUUACCAUUGCAGCACGUUUACUAUGAGGUUUACUUUGGUCUAUUUGAAAUACAAGGUGAUUGUUGUACAGAUAUUUCUCAAAUAUAUAUAAUAUAAAUUAUUCUACCUUUCAGAGGAUCACCGAAUGUAUUGCCUUGGUGCUUUCUCAUAUUUUACAAUAGUGUGGAUCCUUGAACUUGUGAGUAGCACAAUUAGGUCCAAAAUGUAUGUAAUCCAAAUGAUUUUGUGAUUGGAGAUGACAUGGCACCUUGACUUAA